CUGGGGAGCCGGAGCUCGGCGCGGAGCCGCGGCCGCGGCGCUGCUCGGCCUGGGGAGCGCCCGCCCGGCCGGGCGUCAGCGGGCCGGCCGAUGGCGAGGCGAGAGGACGGGCGGGACUGGGCGUACAGGGUUGAUCCAUAUGGGUUUGAGAGGCCAGAAGACUUUGAUUACGCAUCCUAUGAAGCAUUCUUUUCCAGAUACCUAGUGGUACUGACUAGAAGAGCAAUAAAAUGGUCCAAGCUCCUAAAGGGGAAUAACAGUAUACAGAAGAGUUUAAAAGUGAAGAGAUAUAUCAGGAAAGGCAUCCCCAAUGAACACCGUGCAUUGGUCUGGAUGAUUGUGAGUGGGGCCCAAACUAACAUGGAACAAAACCCUGGGUAUUACCACAGACUGCUGGAAGGAGAGAAGAAUGCCAAGCUGCUUGAAGCAAUCAAAACAGACAUGAACAGAACAUUUCCAGAUAAUGUAAAAUUCCGCAAAACUGCUGAUCCGUGUUUGCAGCACGCACUCUACAACGUUUUGGUAGCAUACGGGCAUCACAAUAAAGCAGUAGGAUAUUGUCAGGGCAUGAACUUCAUUGCUGGAUACCUGAUUCUUAUUACAAAGAAUGAAGAGGAGUCUUUUUGGUUACUAGAUGCUCUUAUUGGAAGAAUAUUGCCUGAUUAUUACAGUCCUGCAAUGUUGGGCCUGAAAACUGAUCAGGAAGUCCUUGGAGAACUUGUGAAAAUGAAAGUUCCAGCUGUGGCAGAGCUGAUGGAAAGACAUGGAGUCAUGUGGACCCUAGUGGUGUCACGCUGGUUUAUAUGCCUGUUCAUUGACAUUCUUCCAGUGGAGACUGUGCUCCGAAUAUGGGAUUGUUUAUUCUAUGAAGGGUCAAAGAUCAUCUUCCGUGUGGCCUUAACAUUGAUUAAGCAAAACCAAGCUUUUAUUUUGGAAGCCACGAAUUUCCCUGACAUUUGUGAUAAAUUUAAGCAGAUCACCAAAGGAACAUUCGUAACAGAGUGUCACAGCUUCAUGCAGAAAAUAUUCACUGAUCCUGGAAGCUUAUCCAUGGCAACAAUCAACAAACUCCGAGAGACUUGCAGGGAAAAGGUGCUUUCUCAGGGAUAAAUGUCAGAUGUAACCAGCUGGUCAGAUACUACAGCAAUUGACACAUUCCUCUAUUUGCACUGAUUAAAGCACACUUUAAGCUUUCCAUGAAUUAAUUGACACUUGACCAAUUUUUCCUGCCUUUCAAGUAAGCGUGUUAACACUUUGUACUGUAUGUCAGAUUUGAUAACUGCAUCUGGUGGUUCUGUUAAUGUUUGUUGGUGGUGUGUUGUUUUUAUUUUUUAAGGAUUAAGGUAUCUUCAGACUAGAAUGUGAUCAAUGUCAGGAGGACCCUCCUUUUAAAUAAAUAGUCCCAAGGAAUUUUGUAAUAUUAAAAGCAAACAGAUGUAAAAAAUUAUGUAUUACUGUGUUAACUGUGAUACUAUUACCAUUUGUACAAAAUAAAUUAAUUUAAUUUGUCA